CCGAGAGCGAGACCACCGUCCGAGGAGCUAGCAGCCUGGCUCAGCGUGUGGUGCCCGGUGCCUAGAGAUGACGGGCUCGACCCUGAGACCCAAGGUCUUCCUGGGCCUCUUCUUGGGCCUCUUCCUGGGCCUUCCAGCUGUCGCCUUGCAGGGUGUGCAAGGCGAGGACGAGCUGGAGCCGGUGCCCUCCGAGGUCCAGUGUCGACCUUACAUCGAGAAGGCCCUGAAGGACCUCGGCACAGGGUCUCUUGAGCAGAGCAGCGCCGAGGUCGAGGCUGACGCUGAAGAGGGUGGCGAGAGGUCAGCCGGAUCGGACGAACAGGCUGGCGAACCAGCCGACGGUGGAGGCGGAGAGGUCGAGAACGAGGGAUCUCAGGGCGAGGUAGAGGACACCGGGGAGAGCGUAGAGGAUGUCGAGGUCAUCGAAGUCGUCGAAGACGGGACGGAGGAGCGAAACGACAGUCCCGAAGAAGAGGCCUCCGAGAAACAGGAGGAGUCCGUAGAAGGUGCCGAGGACGAAACCGAUGAACGAACCGACGAGGUCGCAGCCGAGGAGAGCGUCGAGGUCGAGGUCAAAGCAAGCGAAACCGAGGAAACCGGAGAGGGUUCGGUCGAGGAGGUCGUGUCCGAGGAGAGGAAGGAGGACGUCGAGUCCGGAUCUCCCGGCUCCGAGGAGCAGCCUGAAGAGGCCGGAAUCGAGGAUGUGACCGCCAACGACGGGAAGUCCGACGAGGACAAAACCGAAGAAGCCGCCGAGGACAGAGCCGAAGAAACCGCCGAGGUCGGAGACGACUCGCAGCCCUCGGAGGAGGGCUCGAAGGAGGUCGUCGAAUCCGAAGAGGCGGAGUCCAAGGCCGACGAGACCGUAGAGGAGUCCGAGGGCGCACCCAGUGCCGAAGACGGCACCACCGGAGAACCCGAAGAGAUCGAGCCUGCACCGCAGGAGAGCACCGAGGACGCUAGGUCCGGGGAAGAGGAUGGCAAAUCCGGAGAGGAGGACGCCAAGUCUGGAGAGGAGGAUGCCAAAUCCGUAGAAGAGGAAGUGAAAUCCGUCGAAGAUGACGUCAAGUCCGGGGAAGAAGACGCCAAGUCCGAAGAAAAGGUCCAAUCCCAGGAAGAGAGUGCCAAGUCCGAGGAGGAAUCCGAGGAAGCCAAACCCAGGAAGCCUCGAGAAGUUGGAGACGAAGACACCCCCUCCGACGAGGCCGUCGAUCAGGACGGAGCGUCGAAGGAAUCCGGAGAAGGGUCGGACGCCGAGGAGGAGCUGAGCCCGGAAGAGGACCUGAUCCAGGAGAUCGAGGUCCCCGAGGUCCUCAGGCCCCGGGAGCACAUCAACCAGCUGCUGAAACUGGACGAGGAAAACGAAGAAAAGGAGCGAGCCGUCGAGAAGGUCGCCGACGUCGUCCUGAAGGACCUGAAGAGGCUCUACGACAACGCCAUCAAGCCCCUGGAGACCCUCUACAAGUACAGAGACCUCAGCAACAGGCACUUCGGAGAUCCCGAGAUUUUCUCCAAGCCGUUGGUGCUCUUCAUGGGGCCCUGGAGCGGUGGCAAGUCCUCGAUCAUCAACUACCUGCUGGACGUGGAGUACAAGCAGACCUCUCUCAGGACGGGCCCUCGAGAACCUCGCGAACUUCCCAAUGGGACUGAUGCAGGAGCCGAGCCUUCCCCGGCGUACUUCAACAUCCUGAUGUACGGAGAGGAGGAAGAGGUCCUCGACGGGACCCAGCUGGCCGCCGACUGGACCUUCUCCGGACUGCAGAAAUUCGGCCAGGGCAUGCUCGACCGCCUCAGAGGGCUGAGGCUCCACAACGAGUUGCUGAAGAAGGUCAACAUCGUCGAGAUACCGGGGAUCCUGGAGAUCAGGAAGCAGGUGCAGCGGUUGUUCCCCUUCAACGACGCCUGCCAGUGGUUCAUCGACAGGGCCGACAUCAUCUUCCUGGUGUACGACCCCUCUAAGCUGGACGUGGGACCGGAGACAGAGGCGAUUCUGGACCAGCUGAAGGGACGCGAGUACCAGACGAGGAUCGUCCUGAACAAGGCCGAUCAGGUGAAGCCCGAAGAGCUGAUGAGGGUCCAGGGUGCCCUGAUCUGGAACAUCUCGCCGUUGAUGUCGAGCGCCGAGCCGCCCAUCAUGUACUCCACGUCCCUGUGGUCGCUUCCAUAUGAAGCCGGGGCUCCGACGAGGCUACUCCUUGCCCAGGAAAGGGCCUUCCUUCGGGAUCUCCGCUCGGCAGUCGACAAGAGGGUCGAGCAUAAAAUCGCCAGCGCCAGGAGAUUCGCCGUACGAGUGCGCAACCACGCCAAGAUGGUGGACUGCUACCUGACGACCUACUACAACCACAAGACCUUCUUCGGGAACAAGAAGGAGGUCAGCGACAGGAUCGUCGAGAAUCCACAGGACUACCACAUCUACGAGGGCCUGAGCACCCUGACGAACAUCUCCCGUUACGAUCUCCCGGAUCCCGACGUCUACAGGGACUUCUUCAGGUUGAAUCCUCUCUACGACUUCCCCCUGCUGAGCUCGACCUGCACGUACUUCCGGGGCUGCCCCAUCAACAGGCUGGACGUAGCCAUCGCCUACGACCUGCCCGAGUUGGUCGGCAAGUACAAGAAGUCGGUCGAGGCGGUUCUCCAGGAAGUCGAGGCCGGCACCCCGGCCAGCUGAACUCGAAGAGAGGACCCGUGGGGCCGAGGCUCUCGACGCGUCGUUGGGAACGAUUGGACGGGACGAAGAGGCUUUCUUCCGGGGUCCGAUAUUCGCGAUCACGACGUAGGCCUUGGGAGAUUCUCCUCCGGAUUCUCGGAGAGAUCCCACGGUGUCAGGAUCGGGAGCCCCAUUCAAGGCAAGAUUUACACUAAAGACAAAGAAAACAAGGUCCUGCUAGAGGUUUUUUGUUCCUCGUGGUUUUAGAGACUCAAGCCCGGUUCCACCUCCAGGGAAGGCUCCGAUGAAGGUGGAUCAUCCUUGUCGAUACCAGAUUUCAGGUCUUCGUUCCAUCAUUCCAUACUGACAGCGACCUGCAGAUUAUGUCCUCGAAUCGUGCCUGACAUCGGAGCCCUGGAGGUGCCCUUCGAGUCCUCUGUGUAGAGGGAUUCUUGGGCUGCCGGAGAGUGCUCAUAGAUUUUCACAGACUGUUCCACAGCCUGCUCCGAAGGGGGAGCACUGCCACGCUGGUCUUGUCCAGGCCCACCGGACGAAAGUAACUUGUACUUCUACUGUAACUGUAUCGAACGAUUGUAUACACGUAUUUCCACUGUGAGAGAAGGGCUGCGCUUCUUCUAGGUUUGUACCGCUUUUAGUACCUUGGUACCAAAUGAUAUUCAAUGAUGUAGGAUGCCGAGCUGUCACGGAAGACCGAUGGGAGUCAUGCGUCACAUGGUUGCACCGUUUUCACUUGUGUCUCGUGUUGACCAUUUUCACUCACAUCAUCGAUGCACCUCUUUUGCGCACACUUUGGGUUAAUCUGUCACACUUUUCUCUUCUUUUUCUUGUCUUCUUUCUUCGCUGUUAUCUGCAUUUUGUAGUCACGUUGAAACCAUGUAGAGCAAUCUUAGUCGUUCGCGCAUCGAUGCCCUCGUCGAGUACCCUGUACGAUACGAAGCCCCACACUUCAAAACCGUCGACUUUGCUCUAGCCAUAUCCAUUGCUCACAGAUCACCGAUAGAGUCUUAUCCGACAUUGUAUUAAGUUACGUUAAUGUUACAAUUAUACUUUAUUGUUUGAUAAUACCGUAAUGAAUAUACCCUAUCAUAUCGUAAGGAAUAUUGUUACAGUGUAUUUAGGGUAAGUAGGGAUACUCCUCCGGAUCUGGUGGUGGUCUACUAUUUGGAGAAAUGUAUUUCUAAUAAGAUCGUGUGCCGUGAG